AUGGCUGCGCUGACGAUACAAAGGACUGACAACUUUUUACACACCUUUUUACAGGAUCGGACGCCCAGCUCCUCUCCUGAGGGAACCCCUAACACCCUCUCCUUCCUGGCCACCACCUGUAGCCAGGCUUGGCAGGUGGGAGGCGCAGCGGCCCCAGAAAGCUCCCAGUUCCCCUACGAGAGCACCGUCAGCUCCACGUCUGGAAUGUUUCAACUGUGGAGCAACGAGAUGGCACCCACCACAGCUCUCAGCACACACCAGAUGACCUUCACAGUGCCCAAGGUGCAGUUCCCUGGACACAUGCAGUCUGGCCUGGGGCACCAUCAUCAUCACCCCCAUCAUCACCACCAUGAACUGCCUCUCACCCCUCCAGCUGAACCUCCCUCAUCCUACUCCUUCGAACUCUCCCCUGUCAAAGUUCUGUCCUCGCAGCCGCAGGCCAACAGCACCUAUUAUCCUCAACACAACAGUGUGGGACAAAACUUCCCCAGCUUCCUCCAGAACUCCUCAGCGAGGCAUCACCUGCCUGGAAGCCACGUGGAGGAAGGGCAGCAAUGGUGGAGCCUACCCCAAACCAACGCCACCACCUCCAACCAUCCCUUCUCCCUGGGCAGACAGUUGGUUUUGGGCCACCAGCCCCAGAUAGCUGCUCUUCUCCAGGGGACCUCCAAAGGCCUGCUGAGCUCCACACGCCGCUGCCGACGCUGCAAGUGUCCCAACUGCCAGGCUAACGGUGGCGGGUUAGAGUUUGGAAAGAAGAGACUGCACAUUUGCCACAUCCCAGAGUGUGGCAAAGUGUACAAGAAGACGUCUCACCUCAAGGCCCAUCUGCGCUGGCAUGCCGGGGAGAGGCCCUUCAUCUGUAACUGGCUCUUCUGCGGUAAAAGCUUCACCCGUUCAGAUGAGCUACAAAGGCACCUCCGCACACACACCGGAGAGAAACGCUUUGGGUGCCAACAGUGUGGCAAGAGGUUCAUGAGGAGUGACCACCUUUCCAAACACGUCAAGACCCACCAGACCAGGAAGAGCCGGUCUGGGCAGCCUUCACAGAGCACGGACCCUCUGCUCACCAACAUCAAGAGAGAGUAA